AUGACGGACUCCGGCGAACCUCUGAGCCCGCCGACGACGGCCAUGGCCUUGACGUUCAUCGCGGCCCCCGACAUGCCAUCACCUACCAUUGCCGUAGGGUUCCACGGCGAAGGAUCUGCCGGGACUCGUCCGCCGCUCGCUGCCCACAUAUCCGACUCGACGGCCCAGCAAACAAAGUUUCAAAGCCCUUUGCGGCACCAUCGACGAACGCCCUCGGCCCAUCGUGAAGUCAAGGAAACGCUCAAUGCCGUGACGCAAUACGGUGCCGGGGAUCACGAUGGCUCGAGCCACCACCGAAUUAACCAGUACGUUAUCAAAGAGGAAAUAGGUCGAGGGUCCUAUGGCGCCGUUCACCUCGCGACUGACCAGUUUGGCAAUGAAUACGCCGUCAAGGAGUUCUCCAAGGCCCGUCUGCGGAAACGCGCCCAAUCCAACAUCCUUCGACAGGGCGCUCGUAGGCCACAGCGCUUCGCCCACCGUGUAAGCCUCAACGCGCCGCUCUCGCCGCACUUUGGCGACUUUGGCCAGGAGCGCAAGGCUGGUUGGAACGACAAUGACGCCCUCUUCUUCAUCAGGGAGGAGAUCGCUAUCAUGAAGAAGCUGAACCACCAAAACUUGGUUCAGUUGAUCGAGGUGCUCGACGACCCAGAAGAGGAUUCCUUGUACAUGGUUCUCGAGAUGUGCAAGAAAGGGGUCGUCAUGAAAGUCGGUCUCACCGAGAAAGCAGAGCCAUAUGGCGAAGAUCUAUGCCGUUACUGGUUUCGGGACUUGAUCCUAGGCAUCGAGUACCUACACGAGCAAGGCAUCAUCCACCGCGAUAUCAAACCGGACAAUCUUCUCCUCACAGAAGAUGAUGUUCUGAAAAUCGUAGACUUUGGUGUCUCGGAGAUGUUCGAGAAACCUGGAGAGGGUAUGAAGACGGCCAAGUCUGCCGGAUCCCCCGCCUUUCUGGCCCCGGAGCUCUGCAUACUCAGGCAUGGUGAUGUCGAUGGCAGGGCCGCUGAUAUCUGGUCUAUGGGCGUGUCCCUGUACUGCUUGCGCUAUGGCAAGCUCCCUUUCGAACAGGACGGCGUGCUCGAGAUGUACGAAGCCAUAAAGACAGAAUCCCCUGUCCUUCCAGAGGACGAAAACCCCGACUUCGUAGACCUAAUGAACAGCAUUCUAGAGAAGGAUCCCCAGAAGCGAAUUCGGAUGUCUGAGUUGCGGGAACACCCAUGGGUGACAAAAAAGGGGACUGACCCCUUGCUGUCCAAGGAAGACAACUGCUCUGUCAUUGUGGAGCUCCCAAACGAGCUUGAAUUAAGCCGCGCCUUUACGCGAAAAAUGAACCAUCUCCUUUGUGUUAUGAAAGCAAUUCACAAAUUCAAGGGAAUUCUCUCCAGACAAAGGCAGAAUUCGAAAUCGUCAAGGGACGGGUACUCUACCCCUUCUAUCCCGUCGGUUGAUCCUGUUCGAGAAGACGCGCAGAAGCAGGACAUUGAGGCCCUGAUUGCCAAGCGCCGCGCAUACUUGACGCAGAAAGGGAUCCCCCUCGCCGACGACAGGCCGGAAUCGGAGCCGCUUAUUCUCGGUAUCGGCGUCGGUCUGCGGGAUGAAUUCAACAAGGACGAGCCCUCCGCCGGUGACAUAGCCGAGUCGCCGACUAAUGCUGACUUCAACAUCUACGACAAGGCCUACGAGGCCGAGGUGGAGCGCAUAAUGAAGAAGCCGACGCGUCAUCCAACCAUGUACUUGACGCGCUUCGUCAAGGACCGGGAGCAUUACAAGGAGGUGGCCGACGUCGUGGAGGGGACCUCCCAAGGCGUUACGCCAGCGGGCACGCCAAGGGCUGACAGCCACUUGACCGCGUCGAAAGGACGGUUCGCAGACUUGGUUUCCAGCAUGACGGGCGCUUCAAAGUCGGCGGAUGGCGAGGAUGAGAGGUCCUGA